AUGUCUCCUAAUAAAAAAGCUUUAUCACUCUUUAGAAGAUUAUGGAGAGCAGGAGAUUCAUCUGUAUUAUGUUCAAAACCUGCCGUUUAUUAUAUUAGACAAAGAAUUAGAGAAGGUUUUGAUGAAUAUAAAAAUGUAAGGAAUGAAAUAAUUUUAAAUGAUCUGUUUGAACGAUGUGAAAAUACUAUUAAAUUUUUAGAAACUGCUGCUAUAAGGAAAGGGUUUGAACAUAGAGUUGUUUAUGUUUUAUGUGAAAUGACUUAUAUUCAAAAUAAAUAUAAAAAAUGGCCACCACAUUAUAAUAAAAGAAUGAGUUUAGAAUUAUAUAACUCACAUGCUCAUUCUUAUGAUGAUUAUAAUUUAACAGUAAUGAUGAUGAAUGAUAGUUUAAAAUUAUGUUUAAGAUAA